AGGCGCAGCCUGGCUCGAUCUGUGCGUUGUGUCGGUUAUUUUCUUGGCAUAGAUAUAAAGGAGAGACAAAAUAUCUCGCGCACCCCCCCCCCUUUUUUUUCCUGUGACUUCAUUCCCACUCUGCCUUUUGAGAACUGUCAUUAGAAUCAGAAGCAAUGCCUCUCUCCAUUUUUGAUCUACCACAUAUCCUAGAACAGAUUAGCGUUGGUCUUUCACGACAGGACAUUUUAUCGUGUUCUUUGGUCUGUUACUCAUGGUCUCGAGUUUUCGGGCCACUUUGCUGGCGCCACUUUGAAGCUCCACAAGUUGAUUAUGUCAAAGUCUUCAGUAACCCAGAAUUGACUGAGAUCUUCCAAAAUCGUGCGCCAACCAUCCAAACACUCACAAUCAAAUAUUCUGAUAAAAUGUGGCCAUUAGUACAUUAUUUUCGUCAGAAUCCUGGGGUACUUUCCAACAACAGCAACUUGACUCGAUUUGUGUUUGAGCUCAACCAAUCUCUAAGCUAUGUAUACGAUGAAUUCAACGGACUUGGAAUGAUGUUUCAACUUCUGUCUAUGACUGAAAGCCAUUUAGUACAUCUGGUUAUUCAUUCCUCUGGAUUCCCUAUUCAUUUGCGAGCCCUUUUGAACGACUCACGGCAACGGUUUCCUCUACUUCGUAAGUUGCGAACAAUGGAAAUCAAGUCCACGAGCGUUGACAGCUAUUAUCACAGCUAUUUACCAGCACCAAGCCUUGCGAUCUUAUUGAGAUACUGUCCCGAGUCUCUAGAAUCUUUAGUGAUUGACUUUCCGAUGAGAGGAGCCAAUGAAGGGGUCUGGGGGCAAGACAUCCAAAGUUUCUGGUCAGAUGCUACAGCAACCAACAUUCGACAUUUGCGGCUACCAAAGAUGCUUCGGUGGAGUGAACAGUCGAUCAUUAUCCCAUUUUUACGGCUGCGUUGUCCUGAGUUGAGAACGUUGGAGACGAUCCCAAGUAUACGAGCCUCGGAGGGAGGGGCGGUUGCGGAGGCUCUAUCAUUUCACUGUAUGAAGCUGGAACAUAUGAUCUUUGAGGAUAUUAGGCCAGAGGUGCUUCCGUUAUAUGCCCAGAUCAUUCGAUCCUGUCAUCAGGGACUUAGAUCGCUCACGGUCAAGGGAUACGUUCAUGAUGCUCGGGAAGUAGUUCGGGCGAUUGCCCAGGGUCCGAGCGCAAGGACGAUAACCAAGAUCGUAUGGACAGGUGGAGGAGGAUUUAAUGGAGGGUUGGAUUUGAAUAUCCUUUUGGAAUCGUGUUCAAGCCUAGAACGAUUAGAGACCGGUGUCGGGGCCACUGGGUCGAUUUGGAUCAGGGAUGAGCCUUUGCCCAGGUCACUGUUCUCAACAUCAUCAUCAACUUCAACAGCUUUGAUUACUACGCUUCCUGACCCUAAAAAGAUUAUUUUUUGGGCUUGCUAUGCGACACUGACACAUUUGGAUGUGAUAUUCUCUCUGGACACGACAGUGACAGACGAAGAGCGGUUUAGGCAACAGAUUGAACACACAUAUCGGAAAAUUGGACAGCUUGAGGCAUUGGAAGAGCUGCGUCUGGGAUGUAACUGUCGAUGUUAUGGACCCAAAUUGGUUAAUUGUAUGCAUUAUAGCUUCAAUGCAGUGAACGGGGCACGUGAGAUUGUGGAUCAUUUUCAAUUCUCUGGAGAUCCCUAUGCAAUCGCUGCGGCAGAUGCGGUGAAGUCAGCGGAAGCAGCAGAGAAAGCAGCAACUGAAGAAAAAGAAAAAGAAGAAGGAGAAGGAGAGAAGGCAAAGGAGAAAGGAAUAACAAUAACAGUAGCGCCAGAAACAGAAAAAGGCUUGCCAGCGGAGGUUGAUUUAGAUAGUGAACAUGAUGUCAAGGAGAAGAGCGAUGAUAAGGAGAGUGACAUCAAGGACAAAAAAGAAAGUGACGUAAAGGAGGACGAGAUAGAAGGCGAGUCCAAGGCGAUUGCUAGACGUCUCAAGGUCCGAGAAAUAGCUAAGGAAUUAUGGGAGUCAGAAUCAGACAAGGCGAUCUUGGAUAUGACUCUGGCGACAGGAAUUGGUCAUUUGGCAGGGUUGAAGCGGCUUCGAUUCCUGUGUGUUGCCAGGAUUAAGGGCCAUAGGAUAGGAUAUCCCGAGUUGGAAUGGAUGCGAGCAAAUUGGCCUCAGUUGAAGGAGAUACGGGGUGUAAGGAAUACAAGGAUCGUGGAUUGGAUCAAAGAAAGCUGGCCAGGAGUGCAAGCAUGGUAUUUGGCAGUUCCACACGUUUAA